AUGGCGCCGAAAGCGAAGAAGGCAGCUCCUGCCCCUCUGAAAACCAAAGCCAAAGCGAAGGCCUUGAAAGCUAAGAAGGCAGUGCCGAAAGGCGUCCACAGCCACAAAAAGAAGAUCCGAACAUCACCCACCUUCCGGCAGCCCAAGAUUCUGCGCCUCUGGAGGCAGCCAAAAUAUCCUCGAAAGAGUGCACCCAGGAGCAACAAGCUUGACCACUAUGCUAUCAUCAAAUUCCCGCUGACCACGGAGUCAGCCAUGAGGAAGAUAAAAGACAACAACAUGCUUGUGUUCGUUGUGGAUGUCAAGGCCAACAAGCACCAGAUCAAACAGGCCGUGAAGAAACUCUAUGACAUUGAUGUGGCCAAAGUCAAUACCUGA